AUGAUAAUGUUGAUGACAGUCGUCUUGCCUGGAGCAGGUGUUCAUGGCAAUGUGGCGCUGGGGAGGCCGGCGUACCAAACCAGCUCCGGGGGCGGGGCUGCCGCCCUGGCGGUAGACGGGAACACCGCCACCGACUACUUCGCUCAGCCCGCUACCUGUACACACACGGCAAACCCGGCACCGCCAAACCCGAGCUGGUGGGUGGAUCUUGGGCGAUCGUAUAUGGCUGAAAGAGUGGUCAUCUUCAACCGCCAGGACUGUUGUAUGAAGCGACUCAACCCCUUCAACAUCCACAUCGGGGAUUCCGACCAGGUCAGCGAGAACCCCAAGUGUGGAGGUGAUCAUCACAUCAGCGCCCAGGAGCCGUCCAUUACCAUCUCCUGUCAGGGGAUGAAGGGGCGGUAUGUGGGCGUCCGUCUCCCCGGACCCUCCCGAGUGUUGACUCUGUGUGAAGUCCAAGUCUUUGCGGGCCGUCCAGAGCCCUCCCGUACAGCAAGUUAUAACGUCGCUCGGGGGAAGAAUGCCUACCAAACAAGCACGCUGGUGGAAAUGCGCGCGGUUGCCGGCCGUGCGGUAGAUGGAAAAACCGAUGCUGACUUCGACUCCCGGUCCUGUACACACACCAGGAAUGAAGCUAACCCCAGUUGGUGGGUGGAUCUCGGAGUGUCGUUUCACAUUAAGACAGUUGUGAUCUUCAACCGCCAGGACUGUUGUCAGGAGCGACUCAACCCCUUCAACAUCCACAUCGGGGAUUCCGACCAGGUCAACGAGAAUCCCAGGUGUGGCGGUGACCAUCACAUCGGCACGGACCGGCCGUCCAUUACCGUCUCCUGUCAGGGGAUGAGGGGGCGGUAUGUGGGCGUCCGUCUCCCCGGACCCUCGCGAACCCUGAGCCUGUGCGAAGUCCGAGUCUUUUCAGACAGUGCUCAUGCAUUUACCCACUGCCGUAAAGUGUGCAGCAAGAUGAGCUGCUUAAACCUCCAUUGCUAAUGUCCAAUACACGGCUUAACUUAUCAUUGUUUACUUUUUGCACAUAAAGCAAGAGAAAUUGUAGUAAAUAAUAAGAACGUGUCGGAGAAACCAGAAACCAAACAGAUCUAUGUAGGGUUUUCCAAUAAUUACUUGGUGAGUUACUGCUAAUUCUACUACAUUAUAUCACUAUCGAUACACAAGAAAAUGGGAAAAACCGACGAACUUGCAAUUGCUAUCUUAUGAAAUUAUAAUACAAUCAGAUAACAUAACUAUUAUAAAAAUUAUCAGAAAUAAAGAAAAUGAAUAUGUAUAUAGAAGACAUGCAUUAGGACAAUUAGCAAAGAAUAAUCAAACCUAGUACAUUGUACCUCACGUACUGUACUACUGGUGACGUGGCCCAUUUAAUAUCAAUUUCAUCUAGAUUUGUUUCUGCGCUUGCGCUCAUGCUUAUUUUGCAUAAUUUAUUCGUGCAUGUUUUUGGCAUAGAAAUUGUGAUGUGUGUUGUGCGUAUACAGGAAUAUUUCAUACGCUUAAAUUACGAUAUACGCGUCUAAUAAAUGUAAUUUAAAGUAAUAUUUUAUACAGGGAACUUCAUUUACUAUAUCAAUCUUUCUGCCACUUAUGUUUUCAUCCAUACUAUACAUAGUCACGUUUCGUGUCUUCUUUAGUUGAAAGUUUAAUUUGGACUUUUUUUACACUACGUUACUUGAGAAUAAAAAAGACGAUCACAAACAUUUUGUCAUUGACAUCAAUGUGGGCAACACGCAAAUAUGAUAAACCACGCAAUUAAAAGACCAUGGGAGUAAGUCCAGAAACUGAAUCAAUAAGAAAUUCUGACAUUUUUGACGAUGCUAACUAAAAAUAUUGUAUGGAAACAAAGCUGAUCACCAGAUGUAGAUGAUGCAGAUGUAAACACAUUGAACACUUAAAUAACACAUCAAAUUUGUCAUCAGUUGAACAAGGAUUCAGAAUUGCCCAGCCUCAUGUAGUAGAUUCUUAUGUCCAGUUCUUAUCUCAAUUUA